AUACUGUGACUAGAGUGCUAUAAAGGCAUUUGGAAUACCGAAAUUUGUUUUUGAUUUUCGCUUUCUGCAUAUUUGAAUGCAACCCUGUGGAAAUGUAGCACAGUUUGUUUUUCGGUUAUUAAAAACAAGACAUUAUUAAUUAAAAAGUGCAAUAUUUUAACGAAAAACAAAGUAAUUCUACAUUUGUAAUUAUUUAUUUAUAAGUUUGUGAAACUUAUAAUGUUGUAGCAUAUAAACCACACAAUUGUAUUGAUCGUCGACGUCACCUGAUAUUAUUGGCCACUGCCUACGAAAAGGGAGAAAAACAAACAACAAAAGCCGUGAACUAAACAAAAAAAGGUGGAAUACAAUUGAUGAAAACUUUAAAAUUUCUUAUCAGUUCGUGGCGUAUCUGAUAACUGUCUUACCAAUUUAUAAAGUGAGUUUAAAAACUUGUAAUAAAAGAGUGUAUCUUUUGACCUGGUUUUGUAAGAGGAGCAUUAUCGUUGGUUAUUCGUUUCAAGAAGAAAUCAAAUAAAGACAGAAGAAAGUGUGACGUGUCACAAAUAAUUGCGAUACUCAAUAACAGUAUCUAAACGACCUUUCAUUAAUUUGUAAUCACUAUAAAAAUGUGUGGCACAAAUUCGGCAAGCACAAAAGGCACACGUGCCCUUAUUCUCGUUGGUGGCUAUGGAACACGACUCCGUCCUUUGACACUUAGCACACCAAAACCACUGGUCGAGUUUGCGAAUAAACCCAUUUUAUUGCAUCAGCUCGAAGCUUUAGUUAGUGUCGGAUGUAGGCAGGUUAUACUUGCUGUUUCCUACCGCGCUGAGCAAAUGGAAAAGGAACUGAAACAGGAGGCAGAAAAAUUAGGCGUAAAUUUAAUAUUUUCACAUGAAAACGAACCCCUCGGGACGGCGGGACCACUGGCGUUAGCGAAAGACAUUCUCAGUUCCAGCAGUGAACCCUUUUAUGUGCUAAACUCGGAUGUGAUUUGUGAUUUCCCAUUUAAACAAUUAGAACAAUUCCACAAAAACCAUGGCAAAGAGGGCACAAUCGUUGUUACAAAAGUCGAAGAGCCGUCCAAAUAUGGCGUAGUGCUGUACAACGAACAAGGCCGCAUUGAAAAUUUCAUUGAGAAACCGCAAGAAUUUGUAAGCAAUAAAAUUAAUGCCGGUAUAUAUAUAUUUAAUCCCUCCGUGCUGGAUCGCAUAGAAGUUAAGCCAACAUCAAUAGAAAAGGAAGUUUUUCCCGUUAUGGCUGAUGAGGGACAACUGUAUGCAAUGGAAUUGCCUGGUUUUUGGAUGGAUAUAGGACAACCUAAAGAUUUCCUAACAGGCAUGUGCCUUUAUUUAACAUCAUUACGGCAAAAGCAAUCAUCCAAACUUUAUACCGGACCCGGAGUAGUGGGAAAUGUUUUAGUGGAUCCAACGGCAAAAAUAGGCGAGGGCUGUCGUAUUGGACCAAAUGUUACUAUCGGCCCAGAUGUAGUAAUUGAAGAUGGCGUUUGUAUAAAGCGUUCAACGAUUCUCACAGGUGCUAUAGUUAAGUCACACUCAUGGUUGGAUUCCUGCAUUGUUGGUUGGCGUUCGGUUGUAGGCCGUUGGGUGCGUUUAGAGGGUAUAACCGUGCUCGGUGAAGAUGUUAUUGUGAAGGAUGAAAUCUACAUAAACGGUGGGCAGGUACUGCCUCAUAAAAGUAUAGCCGCUAGUGUGCCAGAACCUCAGAUAAUAAUGUAAAUGUUUGAUAAUUCUGUUUUACAGUUUUUACCUGUAUUUUAAAUAGGUAUUAGUGAGAGUUUUCUAUGACUUUUUUCUAAAAUAUGCCACGAUUGGUAAUUGUCUUUAUAUGAGCGACAUUUUGAAUUUGAUUUGAUUUGUGUGGCAUUUCCAUUUAGAUUUUUUUAAUAUGUAAGCAUACAUACAACUAUGUAUAUGAAAUUCACGAAUGGCUCCAAAAACAGUUUAAAAUUAAUGAAGAGUAAUGUUUGUAAUGUGAUGCAUAGAAAUGUGCACACAACUAGUAACUAUUUACGUGCUAAAUAAUGCUAAAUGUACGCUCAAGCAUGUUUUUUUUAAGAUAACUUUUUUUACAAAAAUAAACUUUUAUUAUGGCAUAUAUGAAAUAAUAUUAAUCGCAAUCAAGUACGCAAUAUAAAAAUAACUUAUGGGCCUGAAAAAUAUAAAAUUCUAAAUAGUAUUUAUUUUUUAUUGAAAAAUAAAAAAAAAAAUUAGAUUGUAAACAUAUUAAAAAAUGUGUUUUAGUUACUACUGUUAUGUAUAUAACAUUUACCGUACAUAUAGCAGGUACAUACAAUAUUUCCUUCCCCAAUGAAAUUGGUACUGUCGAUCAGUCAGAUAUUGGUGAAUAAAUAUAAUUGUUUGUUUCGCAUUCAACGCAACCAGCACUAAUUGUUUGUUACUAUGCACUGAAAACGAAGUAGGCACCUAAAUCUGCAUCAGACAGUGUAUUUGAGCGUUUGCUGCGUAUAUUAAAACAAUUAAAACGCUGUAUUUUUUAUCAUAGAUUUUAUUAAGUUCAUAAUUUAUAUGUAGUAAUUGCAAUUGAAAUUGUAAUUAUAGGUAAUUGUGGUAUUUUGUUUACAAUUUCUGUAAUAUUUAUUCAUAUUUCUUAUUGUUGUUGCUAAAUACAUUAUGUAUGUAUGUAAUACGUUACGCUAAGUUUUAUUUUAUUCUUUGUUAAUCUUCAAAUUACAUGUCAUUCAUAGUUUGUUUGCUUAUAAUAUUCUUGUUUCAUAUUACUGACUUGUUCUCUCCGCACAUUGCAUUCUCCAAUUAAUCAGAACACUUUACAUAUACAGUUUCAUUUGUUUAGAAAUAGAUUAUUCCAACAUUUUCGCACUCCUUAUAUAGAUUCUCCUUAUUCGAAAGUUACUGGAUGUCAGCAUGUUUGCAAUAAAAAGUUUAAAUAUCACAACACACAUGUUUCUGCAUAUAUUUUUGUUCUUAUGUAGUAUUACAAGCGUUUCAUUGGUUUGCUUUUGUGUGUAAUAAAGUGUUAAAUUUUCUUUUGAAUGUUUAAAUAAAGACGUUCGCACCUGCUACUAUGCUUAAAACAACGCAUGAACGCCAUUAUUUGAAUUAAUUAAUUUAAGCAUACAUAUGUUCUACAGUAGUACAGUACAUAGGUAUUUUAUUUUUAAGAAAUUAAAUGUUAAAAAUAUUGUUGUUACACAUACAUAUAAAAUCAAAAAAAAACUAAGUUGUUAAUUUCAGACAAAAUAAAAGUGGAUUUUUACCUAA